UAUCCCAGAAAAAAUUGAAUUCAUUCGUUCGUGUAUUUCAGUAGUUCAAGCUUAAAAAAUAAUCGUUGAUCGAAAAUGAAGUUACAGUAUUUUCUAGCAUUGUUUUUUUUACAACUAUAUCGCGCCAGACAUGUUUCUACUCCUGGAAAUGGUAUACGGAUACCAUUGACAAGGACGCCGUUGACAUUGAAAAAGUUGGCAUUACCUGCAACCAAUAUUGAAUCAAUGUACUAUAGGAAAAGUACCAAUGAAUCGGAUAUUCAUCUUCAAUACUAUCCCAGGAGCGAGUAUUACGGACCUGUGUCAGUGGGAACGCCACUUCGAGAGUUUCAAAUGAUUUUUGAUACAGGAUCGUCCCAAUUAUGGGUACUCUCAAAAAGCUGCAAUGAUUCGAGAUGUAAAAAAAAUAGCAGUCUUGAUUUAUACGACCACGAGAACUCAACAACGUACAAGCUGCCAACAAAGCCUACUUGUACAAAAAGAAUAAUAUAUGGAACUGGAGAGGUAGCUGGAUUUUGUUCAAAUGAUACAAUAACAUUGGACGGAGUUGAACUCAAGAACACAGAAUUUCUAGAAGUUGUCAACAUGACAGACCAAUUCCCACCAGGUCCAUACGAAGGUCUUUUCGGAUUGUCUUAUAAAUGCUCCAGACCAUCCGAUAACAGCAUCACACAACUUUGCCGGAAGAUUAAUCGAGAGAAUAAAUUUUCAUUCUAUUUUACUAGAAAUACAUCGGAUACCGAUGGUGGUGAAUUAACGUUAUGUGGCGUAGACGAAUCAAAGUUUCGGGGACCGUUGAAUUACGUCAAUGAAACUAAACCAUUGGGUAACUGGUACAUUCCGGUUAAAAAAAUUUCAUUACAACUUGGCGAUCGUAUUGAAGGAGUGAGUUCACAGGCGAUUGCCUUAGUUGACACUGGCACUACUCAUAUUGUAGGCCCGGGAGAAAUUAUUCUGGCAAUAUACAAACUUACAAAUGCUGACCUCAAAACUAGUAGUGUCAAUUGCACAGAUAUCCCCAAUUUUCCCAAUGUAACAUUUGCAAUCGGUGAAAAAAAUUACACACUUGAAGGAAAAGAUUACACUUUUAAGUUUGAAAACAAUUCUGCAACAGAAUGCAAGAUGGGUUUUGGCGAGUUACCGGGUUUUGGCAAUUUAUGGAUUUUUGGAGAUGUUUUCUUCAGGAAAUAUUACUCGGUUUAUGACAUAGAAAACCACAGAGUUGGAUUUGCCGAAAGCAUUCAUGCGCCCAUCAAAACUGAUUAAACAUCACACGAUCAAAAAGUACAAAUCUACAGACAUUUUGAUAAUGAUGAAUAUCAAUGGCGUGUAAAAUCUACGUCAUAUCAAAUUCAUACAUAGUUGCUUCACUUUUUACAUUAUUCGGCAUACUUAUAGCUACAUUUUAAGGAAUUUCAUUCUAUUAUUCAUAUUUAUUAUGUAAGUUUAUUUCGUCAAAUAUAUUGAAUACUUCUUUCAAAUA